UUCUCAUCAAGGCCCUAUCAAACCACCUCUACAUGGUCAAUUACCUCAUCACUGGAGCCACGCGUGGCAUCGGCGCAGAGCUCGUCAAGCAGCUGGCCGCUGACCCCAAGAACACCGUCGUCGCUGGCGUCAGGGACCCGGCGGCAGAGGCAGCCAAGACGCUGGCCCAGCUGAGAGGCCACGUCAUCACGGUACAAAUCGACUCGAGCUCCGACAGCGACGCAAAGGCUGCUGCCAAGGCCGUCUUGUCUCGAGGCAUAGACUGUAUCGAUGUCAUCAUUGCCAAUGCGGGUGUGGCAAGCGACUUCAAGCCGGUUGCCGACGUGAGCGCCGACGACUUUCGGCAGACACUGACUGUCAAUGCCGUCGGACCCCUGCUCCUCUUUCAGGCUUUUCUCCCCCUGCUGAAGAAGAGUGCCUCGCCCAAGUUUCUUGUUGUCAGCAGCGCCAUUGCUUCUCUCGGCAUCCAGCGGCAACUGCCGUACAAAAGCACCUCGUACGGUGCCAGCAAGGCCGCGGUCAACUUUCUUGCGCUGCGCAUUGCGAUUGAGUAUCCGGACGUUGUCUCUCUUGCACUUCACCCCGGCCUCGUUGCCACUGAUCUGGCCGCAUUCGCCCAGUCGUCGCUCGGAAGCAAGAUUGAGGAUGCCCUGUCGGAAGGCGCUGCCAUCACCGUGGAGCAGAGUGCGGCCGGGAUCAUCAAGCUUGCCAACGAAGCGGCCGUCGACACGCACUCGGGCAAGUUUUUCAAGGCACAAGACGGCUCCGAGCUCCCAUGGUGAUUGUCUGAGCAGGCCAUGACGGACUGCUGCGAGACCUCAAAGAUUGCCCUACGUUCCUCUUUGUGUCUACACAGCAUGCAAUGCCAUUGGCGCAGAUUCUUGGCAUGACUUUCUUUGUAGCGUGUUGUUUGUGGAAGGGACUGUAGACGGAACUAGCCUCGGUAAUGAGAGGCCAGUGCUUUGCGCACCGCAUCUCUGGCUCGCCGCCACUGUCCAGCUCCUUAGUCGGGGAUUCGCCACAAAGUGGGCGGUGCCUGUCCGAAUGUCCGCGCAUCCUCCCUGUGAAGCGCAGAGAGCUCGCCGUGCUAUCACCGCUGGACACUGCUCUGUAGGCGCAGUGUGAUCAGCGAGCAGACACGCACAUUCGCGCUUUUGCGGUGAGCAUUAUGUCCGCAAAACGCUCACACGCGCUUUCGCUCUUAUAGCCUGUGCUGCAGCGCGUCAAUUUCGUCGGCAUUACGGCGGCCAAAAGGGCACUGUUUCUGCUCAUGCUGACGAC